AAGCGUUUGCUCUCUGAUACGCAUGUCAACUAAACAUGGCUGGAUUACAGAACAGACUCAGCUGUUAUUCAUAGGGCAUAUUCAAGGGGAAACGUCUGGCAGUCGGGUUAGGUAGAACAAGUUCAGAGUGGGACUUGUGUUUUUACACGCCGGGUGUGUCCCGUUUCGCCCGGGGACGCUACAAUGCACAAGCUCACUAAAGCGACGCUAGCCCUGAACGGAGCUGGCCGCUGUUACAUCGCAGUAAAACACUGUCCUGCUGCUAAAACCAUCAGCCGGGGACUUGUGUGCACCGAACAUGUGAGUGAUCCUGGCAAGAGUGAGGUGUAUGAUGUUAUUAUAUCCGGAGGAGGGAUGGUUGGAUCCGCCAUGGCGUGCUCCUUAGGCAUGGAGCCCAACUUAAAGGGGAAGAAGAUUCUGCUGCUUGAAGCAGGCAACAAGAAAGUGAUGGACAAAGUCUCAGACACCUACAGCACCAGAGUCAGCUCCAUCAGCCCCGGCUCUGCCACCCUCCUCAGUGGUGUUGGAGCGUGGGAUCACAUCACAGGUAUGAGGUGCAAGCCCUAUCAGAAGAUGCAGGUUUGGGAUGCCUGCUCAGAUGCCCUGAUUACAUUCGAUAAGGAGAACCUGCAGGAUGAGAUGGCAUACAUUGUGGAGAACGACAUCAUCGUGGCUGCACUCACUAAACAGCUGGACAGUCUUUCUGAUAACGUGCAGGUGAAGUACAGGUCCAAGGUGGUGAAGUACACCUGGCCUAUGUCCUACCAGGCGGCUGACUCCAUCCCGUGGGUCCAGGUCACCUUGGACAGCGGGGAGACCCUUCAAGCUAAGCUACUGAUUGGUGCUGAUGGCCCAAACUCAAUGGUGAGGCGGGAAGCGGGGAUACCAACGGUCAAAUGGAAUUAUGACCAAUCUGCUGUGGUCGCUGUGCUGCACCUGUCAGAGCCCACAGAGAACAUUGUGGCGUGGCAGCGGUUCCUCCCAACAGGACCCAUCGCGAUGUUGCCGUUGUCUGACACGGAGAGCUCUCUGGUGUGGUCGACCAGCCACGGCCAUGCUGAGGAGCUGCUGCAGCUGGAUGAGGAGAGCUUCGUGGACGCCAUCAACUCUGCCUUUUGGAGUAAUGACAACCAGUCGGAGUUUAUUGAGAGGGCCGGCUCCCUUUUUCGCGGCGCCCUGUCCGUCCUCAUGCCAUCUGCUGGUUCGACCCGCCAGCUGCCCCCCAGUGUGGCAGGGAUCGGCCCAAAGAGCAGGGUCAUGUUCCCGCUGGGCAUGGGCCACGCAUCAGAGUACAUUAGACACCGAGUUGCUCUCAUUGGCGAUGCAGCCCACCGUGUUCACCCUCUGGCCGGUCAGGGAGCCAACCUCGGCUUUGGGGAUGUGGCUUGCCUCACACAGGUCCUCAGCCAAGCAGCCUUUAACGGGAAGGACCUGGGAGCGAUGCAGCACCUGUUAGAAUAUGAGACUGAACGCCAGCGUCACAACCUGCCCAUGAUGGCUGCCAUAGACCUGAUGAAACGCCUCUACUCCACUAACGCCGCCCCUGUGGUUCUCCUACGCACCUUGGGUCUGCAGGCCACCAACAUGCUCCCACCGCUGAAAGAGCAGAUCAUUGCAUUUGCAAGCAAGUGAUGGGUUUGUCUUGCAGUGGCUGUUGGUGGAUCUCCAGUUACUACAUGCUACACUGACUUUUUGAAUGGAUUGUAAAAGUGUAAAUUAAUAAAGAUUUAUUUUCCUCCUUUGUGUUUGCUUGUAUAACUUGAGCAACCAAGACCAGAGCCAUUGCUUUUUGGAAGGUCUAUCUGUCAACUUUGAUCUGAGCGAUGUGCUUUGGUGCAAAAUAUGUCCACGUCAACACAUAGCUGGCCACUCUACAAGCACCCAGAGCAGAUCUGAAAGACUUAUGAGGAAUAAUGAUACAUUACCGUUAAAGCCUUCACUAUUUUGCACACAGUACUCUGUAUUGCAAUAGGGAAAAAAAGUUCAUGAACUGUAAAAUGCUUUAUCCAUGGUUUGUUCAUGCAUUUCAAUUAUGUAAAACACUUGUAUCUCAUAGUUGCUGGAUGUGUGCAGUCAGAUAAUGUCAAAUGUGAGGUUGAUAAUAUAAUUUUAUGCUCAAGUUGAACAUUGAAGUACAUUGUUUACCUCAGACCGCAGAGUUCUGAGUGUACUUUAUAACAUCUGAUUAAAGAGAACCAUUGUCUUGAUAUAGAAGUAUAAACUUUAACACAGGAGUACAUUUUUCAUGUUUUAUUAAAACAUACAUGUAUAGUACACACGUAUUUCACUGACAAAGUCUUCAUAAAACAAUUUACAUAUAUAAGUCAUCAGGUGAUUCAACUGAUGAACAUAGAGGCAUUUUUGAGCAACUGUGCAGCAUUAAGUUUUUGUUUGCAAUGUGAAAGCCAUAGUAUUUCACUAAUAAAAGUUUACAUUGUGGUGUUA